CUGUCUAUGCCAUGAUAUUUAGAUUGUUUCUAAUCUGAAAAGUGAGAUAACAGAGUUUUACAUGAAUUCAUUUACAAAUGCCAGUUGUUAAGUGAUAAUUAAGGCCACACAAAAAGACAAUCAGACUAACAGCCUUGUAGAACCAGAACUGCCUUGUUAGUCUGAUCCUUUGUUUAAGAUGGAAACUAAUGAUUUGCAAAGUCUGGUGAGGAACUACUGGAGUGGCUAUUGGAGGGCCGUUGACAUUUUAGUUUUAUGUGAUGCAAAUACAGUGGUAGAAAGGCUGAUGUGUUCGAGCAGAGUUGUAACAGGUGCCACUCUGUAAAAUAGCAGCCAAUUCAAUUUACAGUAACGGGUUGGGCAAUAACUGCUGGUGUUGUCCGUGAGACCCACCUUCUGAGAGUGACUUUUUGAAAGUGGAAAUUUGAAUUUGCAACGGUGCUAUGGGUAGACGGAUAAAAAUGGGGGCUGAAUACUCUUAAAGUAUACUCUGAUUUUGUCAGUGUACCAAUGUAAAGGGAAAACCUUUUUUUCCAUCCCUGUUCUCUUAAGGCCUUGAUAUUUCUUGUGAAUUGUCCUGAUGGGCGCAAGAUGAACAUUUUUAACAAAAUGCGCCUUUUUUUCGGGAAUACUCAACUGCUAUACCAUCAAAUAACUAUAAAAAACAGAAAGUGCUGGAGCAACUCGAGAGGCCAUGCCUGUGGACUGGAUGCUGCUCACAUAGGACGGUUCGUACGGCGCUUCCUGAAAACAGGACAAGGGGGGUGGAAGAUAAAGGAAAGAGAGAGAAGAAAGGAAGGAGAGAGAGAAUGUGAAAUCACCCCGGGCUCUUUUAUAUUCUCUCUCUCUCUCUCUCUCUCUCCCCCCUUUCCCACACCAUCUCCUCCCCUCUCCAUUAAAAUCGCUGGAAGAUGGCGGCGAACGGAUCAGGCACCAAGCCCUGCUCUGGUGUGGCUAAAACAUCGGUGGAACUGGACUUCAGGUCCGGGGCUAGGAUCGAAGACUUGAACCGGCUGAUCCGGGAGUUCAGCAGGCAGGAUCAGCGGGAGUAUGACGAUCACCGAGCCCUGGAAAUCCACACCGCCAAGGAUUUCAUCUUCUCCAUGCUGGGCAUGGUGCAGAAGUUGGACCAGAAGCUUCCAGUUGCCAAUGAGUACCUACUGCUGUCUGGUGGAGUCCGUGAGGGUGUGGUGGACAUGGACCUUGAGGAGCUUAGCGUCUACGUCCGGGGGACAGACUAUGAUAUGGACUUCACCCUUCUGGUCCCGGCCCUCAAACUGCACGACCGGAACCAGCCGGUCACCCUGGACAUGCGCCACUCCGCGCUCUGCCACUCUUGGCUGAGUCUCCGGCUUUUUGACGAAGGGACCAUCAACAAGUGGAAAGAUUGCUGCACCAUUGUGGACCACAUCAACGGAGGCACCAACUACUUCUUCUCCCCCACCCGCGUGGCAGACUGGUUUCACGACGCCAUCACUAUCGUGCUCGCUGAGAUCCAGAAGAAGCCUCAGCGCGGGAUGCCGAAGGUUGAGAAAGUGGAGAGGAACGGCAUGGUGAUCUCCAUCGUCCUGGCCGUGGGCUCGAGCCGCAUGCUGUACGAUGUUAUCCCCGUGGUCUCGUUCAAGGGCUGGCCCGCUGUGGCACAGAGCUGGCUGAUGGAGAACCACUUCUGGGAUGGCAAGAUCACCGAGGAGGAGGUGAUCAGCGGUUUCUACCUGGUGCCAGCCUCCUCUCUCAAUGGGAAACGGGAAAACGAGUGGCGCUUGUCCUUUGCACGAAGUGAGGUGCAGCUGAAGAAAUGCAUCUCCAGUAGCCUCAUGCAAGCCUACCAGGCGUGCAAGGCCAUCAUCAUGAAGCUCUUGUCCAGGCCCAAGGCCAUCAGCCCGUACCACUUGCGGAGUAUGAUGCUCUGGGCGUGUGAUCGACUGCCCGCUACCUUCCUGGCCCAGGAGGAGUACGCUGCGGACUUCCUGCUCGGCCUGAUUGAUGAUCUCCAGCACUGCCUGCUCAACCGCUCCUGCCCCAACUACUUCAUCCCCCAGUGUAAUAUGUUUGAGCACCUCUCAGAUGAGGCGGCCGUGCUGCAUGCCCGCAAGCUGUCCUCUGUGCGCUCCGACCCUGCCGAGCACCUGCGCACCGCCAUCGAGCACGCCAAGGCCGCCAACCGGCUAAGCCAGGAUGUCCACCGGAGGGGCAGUGGCUCUGGCACGCCGUCCCCCUCCUCGGACACCGGUUCUGGGGACAACCGGCAGCCGGACGACCGACUGGCCAAGAAGCUGCAGCAGCUGGUGACGGAGAAUCCGGGCAAAUCCAUCUCGGUCUUCAUCAACCCAGACGAUGUCACCAGGCCCCACUUCAGAAUUGACGACAAAUUCUUCUGAGGCGAGAAUGGGACUCCUGUCCCAAAGCUGCUUCAGACCACGCUGAAAGGACCAAUCCCCUUAAAUAGCGCUUUUGAGAGCAGAGUGUGUAUCUAAUAAAAUACGGAACAUAUCUGGUACUGCCAGCACAUUGAAGAUUAGGUCCGUGAAGAUUGGACAGGUUUCAAAUGCGACUUUCAAACAACAAUGGUUUCCAAUUUCCUCAGACUGACUUUCCUUCAGGGUGAGGAGUCUUUGAAAGUUCUCCUGUUUGAAAUUGUUUCAUUUCUUAAAAUAAAGUGGAAAUAGUCUUCCUCGCACAUCCCCUCCACCAAGCAAUCGUUCCAAAGCUAGUAGCAGAAACCCUGCAGUAGGUCACUGAGGAUGGUUCCUUUCCCUUGGCAAGGAUCAAGGCCUGUUGUGGUUUAAAGGCUGAGGAAUGUCUAGGCACACUAAGGACCAGGAAUGGGACGAGGCUUGAAAGAUCUGGGCUGCUGUUGCAGCUGGAAUGCCACGGACUGAGUCCUUUCAGGGCCCUUGUUUAUUGCUGAAAUUCCUUGGUGGCUGAACUUCAGAAAAGAAUGUUUGUAAAGACUGAAUUAAGACAAUGCGUUACUUCCUUCGUGGCCCCCACAGAUCUUGGUUCGUGAACUCCUUCACAUUAAUUAGGCGCGGUAGUGUCUUUCGGUGAAACCAAGUGGACUUUGAGAUGGGAAUUGAUCGUAUGUUGGUCAGGUCUCCAUGUUGAAUGUGCUUGGUAACCUGGACAAGCAGGGAGUGUGAAAGCUCCUUAUGUUUAAUGACUGAGUAAACUCAGUGAGGAUAGAGUGGCUGAGUAUCAGUCGGCAGAUGGGAGUAGGAGGAGAUUACAAAAGAUUCUGUUUCUGAUCAUUGUCCGUCUUCAUCGUAUCUAUGAAGUGUAUAUGUACACAUAUACUGGUUGGGUGGAAGCAGGACUGUGAUGAGAGCCAAUAUUAAAUAGCUGACGUUGAUGAUGUUGGUGUUUAGGAGGUGUCCUGCGGGGAAAAAUCUGUGGAUUUCAAAGGUGAGGGUUUUGGAGUAAAAGAGGUGGGGAAGGAGAGAAACUGGAGGUUCCUGUCAACUCCAGGUCUCUGCAGACACCCCUGCCUGAACAGGGCCAUACUGCAGCUUGUGAACUCUUUACUCUGGGUAUCUGCUGAUUUUACACACUGCAAUCUGCCAUCUACUUUUCACUGUUGAGGAUUCUUUCUGUGGGAAGACCCAGAGAGUCCGUAUGUGAUUCUUAUCAACUCCAACUGCAUCCUGAGCCGAGUAAGAUUUGACAUGCUGUUACUGAGCUGUUAAAUUGUACCCAGGAAAUAUUUAUGUUUUAAUCAGCAGCGAUGAAUUACACUGUAACAGUGAUUACUUCUUGCCAAUACCUUCUUACUCUCUGAUCCCUCCUCUCUUUUAAUGGAAAUGUUUCCCUGUCUUUAUCCUUCAAAGACCGUGAACUCUUCCUGAUUAAAAGUCUUUUUUCAAA